AUGGUGUAUAGGUGCAGGGUUAGAUGGUGGUGCAAUGUAAGUUUAUCCCAUUCCCCUUUAUUUGUUGGUUUCGUCACAAUGUGGAAUUCACAUUCAGAACUGAGAAAUGCAGCAAUAUUCCAAAAAGUGGCUAGUCGGCAGGAAAUUCACAAGAAGAAGCCGAAACUCGGGUGGUUUAACUUACCCCACUCUCCCCUACUGCUCUGCCCUUGAGUUCAGACGUGGCGCCGGGUCUGAACUGUCUUUAUACCUCAGAGGUCUGAACACCAAGUUCCAGGAUAUCAUCAUCUACACUACAGACAGACCAUAAUUUCAACCCAACUUAUCCUGGUUCGUAACAUUUUUUCCCCCCAGCCAGGCCUAUAGUUGUUUCCAGCUAUCAAGAUAAGUCAACUAUCCAGAAGUCUGAGAACAUGUGGCGGAAGGCUGCGGGAGCUGCCCUGUUGGCCUUGGCCGUUGGAUACUUCUACCACACCAACCCUGAGCUGCCUGAACAAGUUCUCCAGUACUUGUCCCUGCCUCAUCCAUCCACUCAGAGCGACCCAACCUUGGAGCAGAUUAUCUCCACUGCCUGGGAGACCCUAAUAACGGCCCCCGCCAGUCAGUGGGGCAGAGUGGCAGUAGGGGUGAAUGCAUGUGUGGAUGUUGUGGUGUCGGGGAUAGGACUGCUACAGGCUUUGGCUGUGGAUCCUGGGUUGGGCCGUGACCAUGAAGUGUUACACUCUAAAGAGGACCUGAAAGAAGCUUUCAUCCACUACAUGGAGAGGGGGUCCGCGGCGGAGCGUUUCUUCACCGACAAAGAGGUCUUCCAGAGGAUUGCACGGGCCGCUGCAGAGUACCCUGGUGCUCAGCUAUAUGUUGGAGGAAAUGCUGCUCUCAUUGGACAGAAACUUGCCACAUACCCUAAGCUGAUGGUUCUGCUAUGUGGGCCUGUUGGGCCUAAACUACAUGAGAUGCUGGACGAGCAAAUCGUUGUACCCCCCGAGUCCUUGCAGGAGACUGAUGAAUAUCACCUAAUUCUGGAGUACAAAGCAGGGGAGCAGUGGGGUGCGACACGGGCUCCCCAAGCCAACCGCUUCAUCUUCUCCCAUGACGUGUCCAAUGGGGAGAUGAGAGCACUGGAGAUGUUCGUGGCCAGCCUGGAUGAGUUCCAGCCAGACCUGGUGGUCCUGUCCGGUCUGCACAUGAUGGAGGGCCAGGGGAGGCAGAUGUGGGAGCAAAGGCUCAAAGAGGCAGUGGCGGCCAUUUCUGACGUCCGCAAUGCGGUACCCGUCCACCUGGAGCUAGCAAGCAUGACUGACAAAGACUACAUGAACAGCAUCAUGCAAGAGCAGGUCAUGCCCAUAGUGACAUCCAUCGGGCUGAAUGAGCAGGAGCUACUUUUCCUCUCCCAGGCCGGCACAGGGCCUCACGCUGAGCUGGCCUCCUGGGGGGGCAUACCGGAUGUAGGCCGCGUCAGUGACAUCCUCCUGUGGGUCCUUGAGCAGCAUGGACGCAGUGACCCCGAGUCGGAGGCUGACCUCACGCGUAUCCACUUUCACACUCUGGCGUACCAUGUCCUUGCCACUGUGGAUGGGCACUGGGCCAACCAGGUGGCCGCCGUGGCAGCAGGGGCCCGUGUGGCCAGCAUCCAGGCCUGCGGCCUCCAAAGCAUAGAUGCCAGUAAGGUGGUCCUUAGAGCUCCGCUGGAGUUCCACAGCUCCCACGGCGAACCUAGAGAGAAGUUGUCCCUGAACCCAACUGAGCCUGUCACUGUUUGGCACCGUGGCAACGUGACCUUUCACCUUGCACCCGUGCUGGUCUGCAAGCAGCCACUCCGGACAGUAGGGCUUGGGGACGCCAUCUCAGCAGAGGGGCUCGUAUACUCUGAGAUCAGGCCACAGCUGCCAUUUUUGUGAGGUCCUUUUUUGUUGCACUCUUGUUCUUUUAUUGUAUGGUGGUGUGCACCAUAUCUCCCCAACCCCAACUAACCAGUGAUGUCUUUACCUGUACUGUAGCUUUUUCUUGGGUUGAAAUUCUGAUCCUUGGUUAGCUAAGUAUUUUGCACUGGGCACAGUUUAAGCCAUUUCUGUAACUCCAAGGAGUUGUGCUGGGUUACCUCUGAUUUCAUUUGCCUUGUGAAAAUUCUAUGUAAAUGUUUGUGUACAAAGACAAUGCCAAAGCUGCUUGUCAGUUUGGUUUGGAGGGGGAAAUGGAAAAACAUUCAGCGAUAUGGUCUCCAUAAGUAGCGGUGCGAUUUCAGACAGGGUUUGAGCUUUCAUGCUGCACAAUAGAGGAGCAACCUCCUGUGCACAUAUGCAGAUGCUGAACAGUGCCAAUGAGUUCAGCCUCUUGCAUCACACUCUUUUGGAAGUUUAUUUUCACAUCAUCUCGCUGAGUCUUAGUUCAAUUUCCUUCAAUAAUCUUUUCUUGUUGACCCUGUUCAGAACAAGCUCCCUCAUCCAAGCACUAUAGUUGGGGAAAGUGGGGUAAGUUGAGCCAAAUGGUUAGUUGAGCCACCCCUUGUUUCUAGGAAACUAUACAUUUUGUGUAUCAUGUGACCAAAUAUUUAGGAAGAGGUCAUAAUUUCAUGGAGUCUGGAAAGGAACAAACCACAUGGAAAAAGUGGUCCAAAGGGUAAAAAAAAAAAAAUCACUGUCAAAUGAAUUUCUGUUAUAGGUUUCAUGUUUGUAUCUAAACCAAAGUAGAUUGUUUUAUACAUCAGUUGCCGCUUCUAUAAGCUGCAAUAUGAGGUCCUAAACCUAGCAUUAAAGUGCAUCCUUGUUGCUACAGUAUAUGGGCUAAUAUAGUCAGUUUGCCUCGAGGUAAAUUGAACCAAUCACUACCAUACCCCAUACAAAUUAUGAUUAUUUGGUUAGUUUUAUGCACAAUAUGCAUAGUAUUUUAGCAAUGUGUCAUGCAUAUGAACUCGAGUAGUGUAUUUUUAUUGUUACAGCGCAGACAUCAUGCCACGUGUGUACAAACGUAAAACAAGCAGGGGUCUAGUCCCCCUUUAGCUUCUUGAGAGCAGCCAAGGAAGGGAAGAAGUCCAUUCAAGCAGCAGCAGCAAUGGAUGAAAAAAAUGUACUGAAUGACACCUGAAGAGGUACUAUAAUUUUCACCGCGAGUAAAAUACAUGUUUGAUUUUUAAAAAAAGACAGUCCUGAUGGAAAACCACAUUUCUUAGUAAACUUUCCAAAUGUCGACAAAACAAAAUAUGCCAGACAAGGGUGGGAUCUUUUUGUGUCUAUAAAAUGAGUUAUGUGAGAAAUGGUGGUGGAAAAGCUUUUAUGCAUAAAUAUUGAUUUAACUAUAUCAAUAACCACCAGGCAUUAUACACAAGGCUCAUUCCUCUGCACAGGUGUUGCUGCUACCUGGCAGAUCUGGAUAAGUAUUUUAUAUAUCAGCCAUAUACACAUGUUAUAACAAUCUGUCAGUCAAUGACACCGUUGAUGUGGCACGCAAACAUUGGUUGAUGCAUGCAAUGUCUGAGCAGGGGAAUGUGACCAAGGUCUUAUCUGACGACAUGGGAGUCUGUCUUGCUAAACAUAUCAAUAAUCUUGCGGACCAGUUUUAUGGGCUUAGUAGCCUCAAAUACAGAGAACAUGCCCAUGAUUUGGCACAUCAAAACUAUUUCCGUGUCCCAGACAACUGCUUAAGAAAUUGUAUAGUAAGUGGUAUUGAACAGCGAGAUCUAUAUCAAUGUAGGCAUACAUUUAACAUAUACAAUAUACCACACUCCCAUCCAUGAAUUAAACAUUGCCCUACCAGCAUCAUCACCCACUUAGGGUAAGUUGUGCCUAGAGACCACUUUUUGUGAACAGGUAUGUUUUCAAAACGUAUACUAUAUUUCCCUUGACAUAGUGAUGCUGAAUGUAAAAUAGUAGAAUCUCACAACUACAUCCCCUCAUUACAAUCAAUACAAACUGGGGCUGAAGUUAACCAUCCAGACAGUUUUUUGUGGAGAUUUGGUCAUUUAGUUUUCAUUUGGCCAAAUGAAUACAUUUAAUCCAUCAAUGAAAACAGUGAUGACGCAAAAACAAAUGUUAUUUUGGGUUGAUGCGAUAACUUGUUACUUAAAUUAAGGGGUAAUAGUAAACUAUUAGGGCUUCAUUCAGGCUUAAAGUGUCCCCUUUUUUAAUGGAGCCUUUACAGGUUUCCAUGUCAUGCAGAUGAUAGGACCUGUUCAAUACCCACAAAGUGCAGUAGGAAGGGUUGUGGCUGACAUGUCCUAUGACACGCCCAGCAGACAAGGCUGGUAUGGAAGAUUGCUCACCCAGACUGGGUUUCCCAAAAUCGGUGCACGUUUUGGUUUUUGCUCCGUCACGAUACACCUGUUUCAAAUAAUCAACUAAUCAUCAAGCUUUGAUCAUUUGAAUCAGCUGUGUAGUGUUAUGAAAAAAACAAAACGUGCACCCCUUGGGGUCCCGAAAACCGAGGUUGGGAAACGCUGCAGUAGUAACUCUUUAGCACAUCUGAUGAGACUGCUAACUAUUCUAGUACUUGGCUGCUGUCCUCUGGCUAGCUGUUUGCCCUGUCACUCUCUGUUUGAAUAUUUUGAAUGCCAGUAGCACACAAAAGCUGUACUCCUACAGCUGUCAUGACAUCCACCUAAGCCGUAAAUAAUAUUUGGAUCUCUUGUCCGCAAUGGCAGACGUACACAAGCAUUCCAAGCCCAUCUGUAUCCUUGACUCACAACUGGGUCAAGCAGACUAUGAGGGGUGAAGUGUGCCAGUGAAAUACUUCAUAUUAUUGUGAAUUGUCACUUUUUGUUCAGCUAUUUGGAUUAACUUUACAAGUAAACAUGUAAAUUAUACCUGUUACACUGCAACUAAUGAAGCCCCUUGUUAAAAUUCCUACAAAGACGGAUUGUUACUGACAGGGUGCUGUUGGACAUUGCACACAGCAGACUGUGAUGAAAGUCUGCAGACCCAGUAUGACGAGAGUACGAUCUAGUACUUUUCUAUUGUCCUCUGGCUAGCUGCUUCCUCUAGCUUCUGCCAGUGACUGAAUGAUACAAUGAAUAAUGCAAAGAUGUACUUCUACGGCUGUGUAGUCUACUCUGUUGCUGUCAGGACAUCCACCUCGCAGCCGGAAAGUACUAUGCUAAUCUCCAGUCCACAAUGGCGGACGUACACAAGCAUUCCAAGCCCAUCCUUGACUCACAACUGCAUCAAGUGCAGAUUGUGUGGUGUCAAGCAAUAGAAUAAAACAUAAUAUUAAUAUUCAGAGUUGCUGCUUUCCACCCCAGCUAAUUUGUAAAGAUUUAGGGCUGUCUUGUUUAUCCUAUGUAGGACAUGCCACAUGGGCAAUUCAACAUGUAAAUAAUUCCUGGUAACUGAUGGAGCCCAUCAUUUCUACGUCUUGGUAUACGCCAUGUUUAUUGGUUUCACAUCAAUUGUGACCUUGAGUAAUUAAGUAGAGGAAAGAUCCAUUUUAAAAGUAUUUGAAAGCACCAUCCACGCUCAAAUAUCACCUUACUGCUAUAAAGAACUGGAAGGAUUUUUUUGUUGUUUUGAUGCCCUAGGUACAUUUUUGCUUUGUUGCUGCGAAACUGAGAAUUGGGAUGGUACAAAACAGAGCAAUCAUAAGCUAUGCAGAACUUAUUUGUCUCGAAUCUCAUUGCUUUCUUAGCCUGGUGGAACCAGACAAAGCUUAUGAUAGCUCACAUUGUUUCACUUAAAUGAAACUUGAGCAUAGCGGUCAGUCUGCUUCAUAUAGAUCCUAUUAAAUUACUAGAGAGCAUAUGUCAUGAACCCUCAAAGUUCCAUAAUGGUAUGAUAAUGGCAGCCAUUUUGGUCAGGGAGAAAUCCAAACCACUCUAGUUGCGGGAAAUGGGUUCAUGUUAAUUGAACGCAGACGUUCCAUUGACCAGAAUGGCGCACAAUCAACAAAUCUGAUCUAACAAUUUGGAGAUUCUUCAAAUCAGUCAUGAUUUAUGUAUUGUAACAGGCCCACAAUGUGCUUACUUGAGUCCGAUUUUGAUACAUUUGGCUGUUUUUGCUGCAUGUAGAGGCUGUCCCUUUUCAGGUAUAGAAGUGACUGCUAAAUGCGAACUCCCUUUCGUAUAAACUGGUUAGCAUAGAGAGUACAUUUGACCUUUAUACCGCAUAUAUUUCGAAUGAAUAGCAGAAGAGGCAUAGGUGAUGCGUUUCCUGCUUGUACCUAUGCAGGAACAUAAAAGGCAUGCGAUAUCAGAAAUUGUGUAAUAGAAUUGUCAACCUAAAAUACUGUCAUAAUUAUAAAUACAGUUUAUACAGGUUUUAUUCCAAUGUUCUGUAUAAAUAACCUCUAAAAUAUGUAAACCGACCAUAAAUGUCCACAUUUUUGUUUUCUUGGAAAGCUGUGAGUGUUAUUAUAUGAGUACUUCAUAUCAUCAACUGAUUUCAGACCGUGUAUGGCUGUGGAUCGACUGCAUUGUUUGUUUGGAAUGUUAAUUAGAAAACAUUUAUGGAAUCAUUCCACUAAAACUGGUUGGCUAGCUAACAAACAUACAGUGCAGAUAAUCGUCAAAUUCAUUGUUUUACACAAUAGCGUAUCCAGUGGUGGCUGGUGGCACUUUAAAUGGGGAGGACCUGCUCAUAGUAAUGGCUUGAAUGGAAUGGUAUCAAUCACCAACCAUCCUCCCCUCAACAGCUUCCCCUGCUCUUAUCACAGCACUGGCUGACCAUGGUUGACCAACUCCCUUACCAAAAUGGCUGAUCUUUUAUACUGUCAUGAGAAGGUUCAUGUCCAUUCUAGUAUUCUAAUUCCUAAUUCUAUCGUCUGCUUGACCAAGCUACUGCUUUAUUGUAUGGUCAUGGGAAUGUGCCAGUCUUCUUUGACAGAUUUGUGUUUAAAUAGUGACUGUUAAAUAUGCAUUUAGUAAGAAAUUGAGUAUUCCUUUUCAUUGCAGUGAAAAUGUUAGGUACAAUGGUUUGGUAAUACAGUUUGAGAGUUGCUAGGGUUUUCAGGGCAUUCUUCUGAGGCUGGUGAGACAUAUGCCUACUUCCUUCGCUGAUUUCAUCUGUUGUUUUUGUUCGAUAAAUUCACAUCCUACCGUUUGAUUGACACUCAUCAUUGUGGAUGUUGCCCCUUGGAUGGAGCUAUGAUCAAAUUUGGGUGUAGCUGCCAUCAACCACAACUUUUAUAUGCAUAAGUAGGUUUCACAAAUUUUUGUCGGCAAUAUGACAGCAUACAUAUCGUGGUUACUUCCUGCUUACAGAUACUACCACCAACAACAAUAUUCAAGGUGCAGUGGCUAGAUGUAGGUGCGAGCAUAGAUUAUUUACUACUAAUUUUCCAAAGAUAAUUUAGUAUUUACCAGGUAUCAUUAAAGAAGCAUUCUGCCUUGUUCGUGUCUAGUUUAGUCAUUUGUAGCUCUAUUGAGUUUUCAGCACUUUAAAAUUAUACUAUUUGAUGUAAUUUCCUAUUAACACCCAUGUCUUACUGUCAAGGAUAGCAACAAUUAUGCUAGCUCAUUAGGCGGAAACACUGCAACUUAACAACUAGACCUCCUUUUGAAGUUUACUUCAACUGGUACCGGGCUACCUUCAAACAAGUUUUGUAAGUGUCCUAGAGCAAAACAAGCAACACGUUCGUGAGAGUCUCACCUUUCCAUAGAGUGAUCAUAUUAGUUUGUAGGUCAAACCGUUCGGACACUACAGAUGUUUGUAAGAAAACCGAUUUUUGGUAUGUUUCAUGGUCUGACAAAAGCUGCUGUAGCUCGGCCACCUUCCCCCGCAGAUGUGGAAGGCUGUCAUUGGCGUAUGCGCUGGAUUGAGACGCAGCCCAUGCAACAACAACAAAAACAUCUCUAGUUUAAAACACGGAUUUUGAUGGGUAUGUUUUUAUUAUGUUGAUUAGAUUUCCGCGGGGGCGCGGACAUCGACUCUAUGGGGUUAAAAUGUUUAUGGAAAUAUAUAUGGAAGUAGUUUAGUGCCAUAAAAAGGGGUUAAAUAUGGGAAUUAAAAAAUAUAUAUAAUUUCAGAUAUAGGACAGACACUUUAAAACAAACUUCCUUUUGAGUCUGAAUCUGUUACUCAAUGCGUUGCUAUGGGCAGUAAGUAAGCAGUAAGUUUCCCCCCAAAAAUAAAUUUGCUUUAAUAUAUUGAUACCUAAAUGGGUCCUAAAAUUCUAUAUCAGAUAAAUAAAUUAUCCUUGGUAUGACCAUCGUAAAACACCCCCCCCCCCACCAGCCCUAUAAUUUGUAAAUAUUUCACAAAUAAAUCAGACACCAUUCUCUUAAAAUAUAGUAUUCGGUUUGAAGAUCAAAUACAGCUUCAGUUGACUGAGCCCUUGAUAAUGGGGCAGUUAUACACAAAAUACUCCAUAUGUACAUACAUUGUUUGUCGAUUAGCAGAGUAUGGAAAUAAAUUUUUUCCAGUACAAGUAGCUGUGUAAUAUGUGGGGAAAUAAUCUGUGAAUUUUAGAGAUCAAAUGUUUUUUUGUGUGUCAGUGAUAUGCUUAGAAUUCUAGUGAGAAAAUCAGGAAUUUGUCUUAAACUUUGUCUACAACCGUACGGUGGACUCCAUAAUGUUAAUCAUGGGCACAAUCUGUUCUAUGGAAAUAUACUGUACUCUCACCAUAAUAAUGUGGACCUUGAACAUAUGAGUACAAUAAUUAUUUAUUCAAAAUCUAUUCUAAAAUAUAAAAUAAUUAUUACUCAAGAAUUGUUCAGACAUUUGUGAAUUAGUGUCCAUUAUGCAAAGUCUUACUGGAUUCCCUUUUCUUUUGUCAUCUGAUGUUAAGACUGGAACUCAACUGAUAUCUUAAGUUUGGAAAUGUUUUUAUAUUAAUAAAGUCUCCUAUUUUCAUGUCAA